AUGAACGGCGGCAUGGACAUGAAGGGGCGAAGGACGGGCGGUAUGCGGACCAUGAGCAUGGAUAAUAUACUGGGCGACCCUUUCGCGCUGGCGACGGUUUCUAUUGCUAUGCUUGCUUGGUUUAUUGCCUUCAUAGGCUCCGUUAUCGCGACUUCUCAGAAACUCGAUAACUCUUUUCCCAACUACUCCUGGUUUGCCAUCUCAUAUAUGCUGUGCUGCAUAAUUGGGGUAUUUGUGGUCAUCGCAUCGGAUACUACGCAGACCUACCAUGUCGCCAUCGUUGGGUACCUUGCGUGCGGCUUGGUGUUGACCAGCUCCUCCGUCAACUCGUUGAUCUACGCUGCGAACGGUGCCAAGGAAGCUACUGCCGCUGGACACAUUCUACUCUCCAUGGUUAAUAUUGUAUGGAUCUUCUACUUUGGAUCAACCCCCUCCGCCGUACCCCGGGCGUACCUCGAUUCCUUCGCCCUCCACAAAGACCACAGAACCUCGCAAGGCGGGCGAGGAAUGACCAGCAGCUACGGAACCGGCAGACCCGAUACCUCCGCAACCUCGAACAUCCCUCCCCAGAUGUACACAUCUGCCCAACUCGGUGGAUUCGAGACAUCCUCGCCCGUCGCAGGGUUCGCAGGUGGAGCACUUGGAACAGACCGCAGGUCAUCUCAAGCGAGAUUUGGCAACGGGACCAUGGCAUCAAACAGUCAUCCGGGCAUGGGCAUGGACGACCAGCGGCAAGGCCCUGGAGAUGUGGUGGCGCCCACGGAAUACCCGUACCGUGCGAAGGCCAUCUACUCGUACGAGGCCAACCCUGACGACGCCAACGAGAUAUCCUUCUCCAAGCACGAGAUUCUAGAGGUGUCGGAUGUCAGCGGCAGGUGGUGGCAAGCGAAGAAGGAAUGUGGGGAUACGGGUAUCGCGCCGUCGAAUUACCUAAUUCUAUUAUAG